UUGAUUGGUCGAGCGACGGGAAUCGAAGAAGUCCCCUUCGACAGCACGUGCGGCCGGUGGCGCAUUUACACGGCGGACGUGAACGCGCGCGUAUCGCUCCGUCUUCUCAUCACGGAAGUCCACCUUACCGAUCGAAGGUCAGCGACGAAGCUGCUGUCGAAAGCUUACAUUGCGAGCUUGCUUCCGUGAGCGCGAAACCUUCCCUAUUGGUGGCCCGAUACGUUCGUAGGUGCACGGGUGUUGGCUAUCGAUCCCUGCUGUCCCGAUUUCCUGCAUGUUCAUUGGCGCCUCGGUUGCUAACAGUGCGUCGUAUGGUACAGUGCGGGCUCCGUUCGAUCAGUGGUGUGGCCUUACUGUUACGCUUAAGAUAUUUGUGCAAUUAUACUCGUUUCCACGGGGUGAUUUUCUCCCGUUCCACGUUGGACCGAAAGUGUACACCAUAAACAUCCUUCGCAGAUCGUGUCCGUGAACAAUGGAUAGACGAGGCGAGAUCGCGUCAGCGUUCUGAUGAUCUUCAACUCCCAUGGGCAGACAGUGCGAUCCAUCGACCGGCAGCAGAACCACUAGGAAAGACCAAGGAAGCCUAUCAUGGAAUUCUACGACGUGGGAACCAGCGACCUUAGGGAGUUGUGGGAGUCUUACCUCUCCGAGACGGCCCUGGGUCAGGAUGUUCUACUGGGGACCAAGGAGGAGGAAUGGAGCAAUGUGCUGUGCGUUCGAGACAAAUCCUCGCUAGGUGUCGUAUUGAGGGAUCGUCUGAUGACCGAUGCAGCGCUCGGUGGUCCACGACCGAUCAAGUCCGAGCACAGUUACAGCCUCCUGACGUCCAGCCCUCCGCCAAGCCCAGCGACACCUGGCGCCAACCCUCACACACCUAACUCCGGCUCAUCCUCCGAUACGGUCGGCGCAUCCCUCUCGAAUACCAGUUCCUCUAUCGACCCUAGCGCCAUGGAUCACCAUAAAUCGUUGGACAUUCGCAGCAGAAUCGACGACAUGGAAGAGGAGUGUUUCCCAGCAAUUUCGAUGAACACCGCCUCGGGCCGCGGUGAACUAUCGUCUUCGUCGUCGUCGUCCCUAUCGCCGUCGUCUACCUCAACCGUUAUCCUAAAGACACCCAACGACCUAGUACCUGAAGACGUGGAAUGCGCCGAGAUCAAAGGCGAGCCGCUCAGCGCGCCCAGUAGCCCCUCGGCGUCCUGCCAAACAACGAUAGUCGACGACAAGAGCACGAUAACCAUGGUGUUCCCUCAGAGCCUUCAUUUCUCUAAGAACCACCUGUCACAGACCAGCGACAGCGAGGAGGACGACGAAGAAUAUUAUCAGGCUAUGGAGGUGGAGGACUACGACGGAACGGUCUGCGUUAGCAAAGAGGCGAACUCGCGUACCUCGAGGCAGGGAUUGCCUCCGACACCUCCCAGCAGCGCUAGCUCCGAUAGCGAAGGCACUGCAUCCGCUUCCUGCUCGCCAGAACGUCGAGAUUCCCAGAGUUCAGCGCACCCACAGAAUCUCAGGGGCCUGCUGACACCCAGGCUGUACGUCACGAACGGCGCGCACACCACCAGGCAGCCUAUCCACACACCUUUGAUUUCCUGCCAACCGAAAGGGUCGACGGGAAAUCUCACGUUGACCGAGGAGGAGAAGAGGACUCUCAUAGCCGAGGGGUAUCCCGUUCCCACGAAAUUGCCACUAACCAAGCAGGAGGAGAAGUCGCUGAAGAAGGUCCGCAGGAAAAUUAAGAACAAGAUAUCCGCGCAAGAGUCGCGUCGAAAGAAAAAGGAGUACAUGGAUGGUCUGGAGAGACGGGUCACCCUGCUGACGAACGAGAACUCCUCGUACAGGGACAGACUGACCGUCCUGGAGGACACGAAUCGUGAACUGUUGAAGGAGCUGCAACGUUUGCAAGCGAUGCUGCAAUUGCAGGUCUCCUAGAUCUUCCUUCCAUGCGAUAAAACAUUUUCGUAUGAAUCGAAGACUUCGAGAUCGUCGACUCGGAGAGGAUACUUGACGAAGAAUCCAGGUGUCGUCAACGCUGGGUGGUUCUGCAGUUUCGCGAGGACUGCGAGCGCCAUCUCUCGACAGAGUUCGCGAACAGUGUUGCCCCGAUCGUUGAUCGGUUCAAUCUCGUUUGGGUCCCUCAGUGCAAUCCGUCUGGCAGGUGCUCGAAAGAAAGUCGUCGAUACUUGGUCGAGCCUCGUUGAUUUCUUUUUUUUUUCUCUAAGUCAGAAACGAAAGUUGGGAGGGUAGCCUGUUUCCAGGGGACUCGUGCAAUUCCUUUACAUUCCUGUGAAGUCUUCCUUGAGCAGGGGCGGGAUCGAGUAAGUAUUUUAGAGCGGGACCGCUGUGUAACGACCAAUUUUACCUAAGAUUAGCCGCGAAUACGUUGGGCCGUGUCGUCUUCCCAGUUCCGUCGCAACGGAAUCGAAGACGUGCGAUGGAAUUUAGCCGGGAGUGCCUUCAUUCGUUGGUUUCGAUGUUUCUUCCUUCAAAUGGAGACCAGGGGAACACGUUUUGUCAUUUUGUGUGAAAUUUCCGAUGCUUUUCGAAAGUACAAUCUUGAUCUACGGUUGGAAUGAAAUCGAUUGGCUGCGCGAAGCCACUCCCGCUUUCUCGUGGCGCCAUCUUGGCGGGAACACGCGAAGUGGCCUAGAGAGGUCAGUCGAUUCGGUGGCUGCGGCAAAACCACACUUCUUUCUCAAAAUCUUCGCAAAUACAUUUACGAGACGUUUAACUUCGAAUUAUGUUAGCAAAGAUUUCAGUGAUAAACGAGAGAGUUCACGCUGAUUAAUGAUAAAGUAUUAAACAGUGCUUUAGCGCAAUUCUCGAGCCGAUUGCUCGUCGAAAGCGAUGGAAACUCUUUAAUUUCGUCCAAAAGUCAGCGUCCUUGCGUGGAUGUAAACGUAAACGUAGCGUAUGAACUUCGAGGCGAGGAGGUGUGUUAUUAUUAUUUUAUAUAGAAUGAAUUUGAAAAUCGUGCGUGUCUAUUUUCACGAGAGAGGUAUAUCGUAUCUAGUAACUUAUGUGUUAGUUUAGGUGUAACUCACUUCAGACACAAGUUUGUAUAUUGUACUUUGAAACAGAACCGCCGGAGAGAGGUGGUUCGUUCAAGAUUCUUAACGAUAACGUGCAACGGCGACUACUUCGAGAUCUUCUUCUUUUUUCUUUCAACGAAAGAGCGCGCCACGGAACGUAAGAACAACAGUUUUGUGAAAUAUAGCAGCGUGGCGUGAUUCUUCGUUUCAAAAUAAGUCGAAAAUGUGUCCUGAAUUUUUUUCGUACGAGGUCUUCUUCGCGAGAAAAACGAAUGUGAAAAAUACUUGUUCGCGCACGGGCGCUGUUUUAGCUCGCGCGACAGCCGUCGCGGCGCUUGCGUCGUGCACGCAAUGGUAUUAGUUCAAACUUUUAAAUUUGAUUUUCUCAGCAACGAGACGUCGUAGAAGAAACAUUCUUUCGACAAUUUCUAUUGAUUUUUGGAUGAGGAAUCGUUUUCUGCACUUUUGCGUCAGAAAUGACGCCACGUUCCGUUCUAUUUUCGAGUUUAAAAAUUUACGAAUCGACUCCAGCGGGCGAGUAAUCGUGAUCUUACCUUCUCGUGGCACGUGGGUACAAAUUUCAUCGAUUACCGUCGCAAUUAAUGUUAAACAGAAGCAUCGAGGCAUGUGGUGAUCGCCAAUGCUGCCAUAAGUUAAUCGACCAACGAAAGUGUCUUCACUGAAUGUUGCUAUUGGGUCGAAUUUCACGAUAAGAAGCGCUUUUAACAAAUGCAAAAUUAUUCGAACCGAUAAGCAAGUCCAAGGAAACUAGAAUAAAUUACGUUUUCAUGUAAUCGAUAUGGUGCACGUUAAAGUUUCGAGAUCGUUUCGAAUAGUGAAUAUUUUGUAAGAAUCACUGGGACCAGUGCGCGAAUCGUAUUUUUCCCGGGCAGAAAAUUUCCUUUCCGGGCUUUGGUGGACGAUCUCGCGGCCGGGAGCGUUGCAAUUGGAUUUCCGCGGCGAGUUCAAUCGAGUUAUCGAGUUUAUCGGCGAGCGUCUCGCGCAGGAUCAAUAAAGGUACGAAAUGGCACGAUUUAACGAAGCAUGGAACUUGGAUCGGUUUGCGAGUCGAGGCGUGAAACAGUUUGGACGAAGCACGUGCACGGGAAUUGAAACGAUUUUAAUCGACGACUGAUUAAACUGGAUAAAUUAAUUAUAGUGGAUAAAUUAAUUUAUGAUUUGGAAAAUUACUCAACAGGACGACCAUGCGUCAACGAGAUACGGAGGGUCGAAGCGAUUCGAAUCGAAUGAAUGAACCGCCAAACAAAAAAAAAAAACAACGACGUCACGCGUGUUUUUAGUGCGAGCAAAAAAGAAAGGUGCACAUACACGGUGGCAUAUAGGCGCAGAGAAAAAAGAGAAAGAGGGACAAAAAAACUCUAACUCGAAGUCUGACGAUUACUUCUGCCCGUCUGAGCACAUACGGUCGCGGACACUACUACUUUUCCAAGGAACGUGUUCGCGAAACGUCCUUAAAGUGACGCUGCUCGAGUGCUCGGAUAGUUGUAAUUUAAAGGGGAUAUUUUCUUCUACAGGCAGAUCCACGUUUGAUCCUAUCGGUAUUGAGGCUGCAUUACCGACAGUGCGGAGCAUGCGAGGCGCCAUGGCGCCUAUACGAUUAGUACAUCAGUUGAAUGCCUAUUGGCGUUCUUCGCACGGGUUGGUGCGACUAAAGUAAUUCUUAGAAUUAGCGUUUAGCUAUAGUGGUCUUUUUUUCAACGAAGGUGUUCGACUAUUAUUUAAACGAAAUUUUGCGUAGAAUUUAAAAUGAUGGACAACUUUCGUACGAAUUCGCCAUCGCUCAGUUUUUAUUCGACUUCGUCCAAACUAUUUUUCGCCUAACGAAAAUUCACAAGAGAAAGGCUCAUACUUUUGAGGGUAAAAGAAUAUAGAUAAUCGUUCGCGGAUGCCUGGCGUGAAAAAGGGGGGUCGUAUUUGUGUACAAAAAUGCCAAUUUACGCAGUUUUACCGAGAACAGAGAGAGAGAGAGAGAGAGUUUAAUAUAUUCUAUAAAUAAAGCUUUAUAUGAAUGGUUAUAUAUAUAAGAUUGUUUCUAUAUAAACAGAUAAUAUAUGUAUACACUGAAGAAACGUUCCACAUACACAUACACGCUCGACACUAUGAGAGAAAGUUGGAUGUGUGUUCGCACACCGACGUGUGCGUUAUUCGUCGCGAUUGAUUUCGUUCGACGCGAGUAAAAGAUGAUCAUUCGUAAUUCAUUCACCGGCGUUCGCGCGUCGCAUAUGUAUUUCGUGUAUAAUUUCUCCUACGGAGACUUCUGUUGGCAAAGAUGGGCAAGAUCACCUGGAUAAAAUUUCGAAUAACGAAUCGAAUAAUAAAUUAUUUAAAGUAAAAAUUAAAUUAAACUAGAUUAAAUUAAAUUAAACGGAAUAGAAGGUAUAUUUUACAAUUAAAUUUAAUCUUAUCAUCGGAUAAACGUCGUUUAUUCGUCGUUCGUUAUUCGAAUAAAAUUUUGCCAGUCUCUGUUCCCUUUUUUUUUUCAUGUGCAUUGGUAUACAUGUUUGUAGUUGUGCCGACGGUUCGUCCUAUUAUCUUGUACGUGUAAGUGUCUACGCAAUUGGCAGCGUGCCGGAAGCCACGUGGUCGAUAUCGCACGUGGUUUGACUUCGAACGUUUGUACGACGAGGAAUAAACACACGUGACUUUAA